AUGCAUCUAUCCCUUCUCAAGUUAGCUCGAUCAACAGUUCAUCUGGAGCAUAAAGCUCAAAAAUGUUUGAAAGUAGCAGUAAUUGGUCCACCAAAUGUUGGCAAAUCAUUGUUGACAAAUAAAUUGGUAAAAGCAGGUGUUGCAGCGGUAAGUUCCCAGAUGGAUACAACACAAAAAAAUCAAAUAGCCGUUCAUACGGAAGGCUCAUCACAGUUGGUAUUUGUGGAUAGUCCUGGAACGGUGGGCAUUAGGCAUGCAAGGGAGAUCGUAAGAAGCCCCGACUCACGAAUACUUAGCGAUCCAGAACAUGCAGUGGAGCAAGCGGAUCAUAUUUUAGUGGUACAUGAUGCUACAAUACCUACCGAUUAUAUUUUACACCGUGUGUUGCAUAUGCUUCACCGUUAUCGACAGAUUCCUUCAAGUCUGAUACUGAAUAAAAUUGAUCAAGUUAAACAAAGAUCUGACUUGCUGGCUCUUACUCGAAUUUUAUGCAAUGGUGUUGUGGGUGGUAAAUCAGUUAUUGUUAAAAGGCAUAGCGGUGGACAAUUAGCUAGGUUGUGUGGUAAAAUGCGCAAAGAAUCUCGUGAAAUUCCACUUCAUUCUGCAGAAGAAAAAGAACAAGAUGAACAGUGGCAAGAAAAAUACAAAGAACUUCUACAAAGGCCUACACAUAAGUGUAGUUGGGGUGAAACCAAGCAACUUUUUGCAAAUAUCAAAGGAUGGUCGAAUUUUCAAGAUGUUUUCUUCGUUAGUGCACUGACCGGAGAAGGAAUAGAUGUAUUACGCGAUCAUCUUCAUCAACUUGGUUUACAGAAGGAACACUUAUUUAAGCAAGAAAUACUUACUACAAAAAAACCGGUAAUAAUAUGCCAAGAUGCGAUUCGAGCAGAAUUUCUGAAUCGGAUACCAUCUUACAUUGCCUAUGCCUUAAAGAUAACCGUAACGGAAUGGGAUAUGGAAGGUGAAGUAUUACAAAUUGUUGCUGAAGUUGAAUGUAAAAAAGAUCGCAUAGCACGAAUUGUAAUUGGAGAGCAUGGCUUAACAAUUACAGCCGUUGCUAAGGAAGUUAACGAAUCACUGCAAAAUUUGCUCGCGCAACAGUUAUUCGUACGUAUACUGGUUAAAGUUGAGGGUAAAUUGUUCGAUAUUUUACGAUAUAAUGCACGAAGAAAUAUUAGCAAAAAACCAAUAGGCAUAUAA